CCAAUCUGCCGCCGCCGUCACGGUUUUGUCCGGCCGGUGAGGUGAAAGAUGCUGUCUAGGAUCUCUCGCCUCGGCGUCCAAGCAGCGAGCCUGGCCAGGCUAGGUCAAAAUCCAGCAACUUCAAGGAACCAGAAAGAAGCCAUUGGAUCUUGUAUGAACUAUGUGGGUAAUCAUACCUUAUGUUCCGCCACAGAUGCUACCGCCAGUGACAGGAGUGAACAACAGGAAGCUAAGAUAUCUGUGACAUUUAUUGAUAAGGAUGGAGAUGAAAAGCUUAUUAAUGUUCCCAUUGGCAUGUCAAUGCUAGAAGCUGCUCAUGAGAAUGACAUAGAACUUGAAGGAGCAUGUGAGGGAUCUCUUGCAUGUUCUACAUGUCAUGUGAUUGUAACGGAUGUCGACUACUAUAACAAAUUGGAAGAUCCUGAAGAUGAAGAAAACGAUAUGCUGGACCUCGCGUUUGGGCUUACAGAAACAUCUCGCCUUGGUUGCCAAGUAAUUGCAAGUCCUGAACUUGAUGGCAUACGAUUAGCAUUGCCAGCAGCAACAAGAAAUUUUGCUGUUGAUGGGCAUGUUCCGAAACCACACUGACUAAACACUGGAUGGACAUUGUUUCCCCCCCCCUGCAUACUAGAAGAAUGAAAGUGACCGAUGAAUCUCACUAGCCAAAGGUAUCAGGUGAAGCCAAUUUGAAGCAUUGUGCUAGUCGUAAGCCGCGGCUGGUAAACAUUCAAUUCGUCGCAGCAUAGUUCACAUCGUCCCGAUGGCCAUUUCUUUGUUGGGUUGAUCAAUCCAGCAGCUGUUCCAUAGCUGAUGGCUGGCUCAAGUUGCAUUCGAUUGUACCACCUGUGAAGCUAACUAAGCAUCCUGUAGGCUGUACUGGGACUACAGUAGGUAUGUUUGUGUUCCCAUCACCGUUGCGUGUCUGCCUCCUGUGGUGCAUGUCGGUAUGGAAGCACUCGGUGGAUGAUAUCGCACAGCAUCGCAUAUCGUCGUAAUCCAUGUCCCCUGAGCUUGUGGCUACUCUGAUAAUCCUUUUCCUGAUGUAAUUGUUAGCAUACGUGUCUGGCUCUCGUCUUCGCUCAUG